AUGGAAGAACUCGAGAUUCCCUAUGAGCUGAACCUCCUCGAGUUCAACCAAGUGAAAGAGCCACAGUAUCUUGAGCUCAAUCCAAACGGCCGUCUUCCGACUAUUGAGGAUCCGAACACGGACAUGACUGUCUGGGAGUCUGGAGCCAUAAUCUUGUAUCUGAUUGAUCAAUAUGAUAAAGAAGGAAAGCUUUCCUAUCUGGAUGCGCCGCAAAAAUAUGCAUCUAUGCAAUGGCUUAUGUUCCAAGUCUCGGGUCAGGGUCCAUAUUUUGGACAGGCGACCUGGUUCGCCAGAUUCCAUCCUGAGAAGCUUCCAUCCGCCAUUGAUCGCUUUAUGAAGGAGAUCGAACGCGUGAUCGGUGUGCUCGAUGUUGCUCUGAGUCGCAAUCGGACUGGAUGGCUCGUUGGGGAUAGAUGCACAUAUGCUGAUAUUUCAUUCGUCGCUUGGGCUGCGACGGGUGAAGGCCUUCUGCGCGAAUUGCAGAAGGAUGUCGGUCUGGAAGAGAAGUACCCUCAUUAUUACGCUUGGUUCGCAGCGUUGAAGGAGCGUCCUGUCAUUGCAAGAGCGUUGCAGGAAAUCGUGGCACAGCGAAGGGCACAUGGUCUCCCUUGA